UAGUAUCUCUGUUGUCAAAAAACAGUAAAGUGUAUGAAAGUGCAGUGCCCCACUCUAGUGUAAAUAGAAGAGUAUGUGCAAGAUUCUGACGCCUAGCCACAACGAAUUUGUUGCUAACACUCUCUCUCAUGUUCGAAAUAAAAUGGACUCCACCAGUAAAUCAAAAUUACCAAAAAAAUCCAAGAGUCCUUUGCAAGAGGUCCAACAGAACAUCAAUAAACCUGUAAAAAUUCCUUUAUCUACUCCAAGAACUGCUGGACGUUCUCAAAGUAGGAAUAUCUCUGCGAAUGUUGCCACAUCAAGCACAUCUACAACAAGUGCAGCUUCUAAUAGAUAUGUCUCUGGAAGACUAACAAGAACAUCGAAAUCCAUGGUGGGCUUGAAAGUUAACCCUGCAUCCAGAAGAGUUUUACCUGAAUCUUCAACAAAAUCAACUUUUAAAGAACCAGCACCUUCGAAAUCUACUUAUAAAAGAGCAGCUACAACUAAAUUAGAAACCAUUUCAGAACCUAAAGAGCCAAAACAACCGAAAAUUGCUGCAUGGGAUUUCAAAGGCAAAUAUAAAGAAUUACAAGAAAAGCUUCAAGAAAACCUUUCUUCACUGGAAGAACAAUGUAAAGGAAAUAAAAUGGACUCCACCAGUAAAUCAAAAUUACCAAAAAAAUCCAAGAGUCCUUUGCAAGAGGUCCAACAGAACAUCAAUAAACCUGUAAAAAUUCCUUUAUCUACUCCAAGAACUGCUGGACGUUCUCAAAGUAGGAAUAUCUCUGCGAAUGUUGCCACAUCAAGCACAUCUACAACAAGUGCAGCUUCUAAUAGAUAUGUCUCUGGAAGACUAACAAGAACAUCGAAAUCCAUGGUGGGCUUGAAAGUUAACCCUGCAUCCAGAAGAGUUUUACCUGAAUCUUCAACAAAAUCAACUUUUAAAGAACCAGCACCUUCGAAAUCUACUUAUAAAAGAGCAGCUACAACUAAAUUAGAAACCAUUUCAGAACCUAAAGAGCCAAAACAACCGAAAAUUGCUGCAUGGGAUUUCAAAGGCAAAUAUAAAGAAUUACAAGAAAAGCAUAAAAAGCUUCAAGAAAACCUUUCUUCACUGGAAGAACAAUGUAAAGCUACUGAAGAGAUUAGAAAAAAUUUUGAUGAAAUAAUUGCCAAUAAAGAUACGGAAAAUUGUGAUUUACAAACAGAAAUAAAAACUGUAAAAACUGAUUGUGCAACACUAAGAACAUUAAAUACUGAAAUUACAACGAAGUGCAAUAAAUUACAAGAAGAAAAUAACAGAUUAAUAGAUGAAUUAAGAAGUAGUAAUAAUGAAUGUAUUGAUUUGAAAACUACAAACGAGAAGUUACGUAAAGAUUAUUUGCAAAGUGAGAUAGCGAGGAGACAACUUCAAAACACCGUACAAGAUUUAAAAGCUACUGAAGAGAUUAGAAAAAAUUUUGAUGAAAUAAUUGGCAAUAAAGAUACGGAAAAUUGUGAUUUACAAACAGAAAUAAAAACUGUAAAAACUGAUUAUGCAACACUAAGAACAUUAAAUACUGAAAUUACAACGAAGUGCAAUAAAUUACAAGAAGAAAAUAACAGAUUAAUAGAUGAAUUAAGAAGUAGUAAUAAUGAAUGUAUUGAUUUAAAAACUACAAACGAGAAGUUACGUAAAGAUUAUUUGCAAAGUGAGAUAGCGAGGAGACAACUUCAAAACACCGUACAAGAUUUAAAAGGCAACAUCCGAGUCUUCUGUAGGGUAAGACCCCCAAUUAAUGAAGCUGAACAUGAAAAGGCAAAAUGUUAUAUAAAUUAUCUAAAUGAAAGCACCAUUGAAAUUAAAAGUACCCAGGAAUUGUCCCAGUGUUCGUCAAAACCUACCGAACAAAAGUUAGAAUUUACUUUUGACCAAGUUUUCCAGGAAAGUGCAACACAGGAAGAAUUUUUUGUAGAAUUAUCCCAAUUGGUGCAAUCGGCCCUUGAUGGAUACAACGUCUGUGUUUUCGCUUACGGACAAACUGGAUCUGGGAAAACCUACACCAUGCAAGGCUCAGAAAUUCCUGUACACACGGGAAUGAUUCCGAGGACCAUUAAUUUAAUUUUUGACACGAUUAAAGACCUGAAAAGUUGUAAAUGGCAGUAUGACGUUACUGCCAGUUUUUUAGAAAUAUAUAAUGAAAAUGUAAGGGACCUGCUGGAUUCUGAUUCAAACCAGAACUUAGAAAUUAUGUACAAUGAAGGACGAGGGAUCCAAGUGCCAAAUUUAAAAGACGAGGAGAUUUUCUCGUUUGCAGAUUUUAAAAAAUACAUGAAAAAAGCGCAAAAAAAUAGAGCUGUAGCGGCCACAGACGUUAAUCAGCAUAGCUCACGUUCGCACGCUGUUACCAAAAUCACUAUCAAGGGGAGAAACGAAGAAACCAAUGCAACUUGGACCGGUUCUGUCAAUCUGGUUGAUUUGGCGGGGUCAGAAUCAGCAAAGGUAAAUCAAGGAGCUCGUCUAACCGAAACAAAAAAUAUCAAUAAGAGCUUGUCUGCUCUGCAAACCGUAAUGAUGUCGCUACACAAUCAAGAUAAGCAUGUACCUUACCGAAAUUCAAAACUGACAUAUCUACUACAGUCGUCUUUAGGAGGAAAUUCAAAGACACUUAUGAUUGUUAAUAUUUCUCCAUUUCAGGAGACAUGUUUAGAAAGUAUCAACUCAUUACGGUUUGCAUCGAAAGUAAAAGAGGUAAAAACCAAAAUUAAAAGAAAUAAAUAAAUGUAACAAACCUGUCUGAAUUAAUUAUAAUUAAUUAUUUAUUAUUAAUUAUGUACUAUUUGUAAAAUGAAUGUUUGUGUAAUUAUUGUAAAGGACACAUCGUAUGGAAAAUAUAAUGUCACUCAAAUGAAAUAAAAAAUAGAAUAGCCUCGAAAUUACAAUAAUUUCAUAUCAUUGCGCCAGCUCAUAAUAGUAUUUAUAAAUGACAGUUUUAUGAACUUUUAAACAUGUGAUUUAGAUCAAAUGUAAUUACAAUUUACACCGUUAUUAAUCAAAAUUUAGAGUUGGCGUAAUGAUAUGAAAUGAUUGUAAUUUUGAGACGAAUUGAUUCAUCUAAAUUUAAGUAACAUUGUAUUUUCCAUAAGUUGUGUGCGGUGUCCUUUGCAUCAUAUAUUUUUUAUAUAGAACUGAAUUGAUGUUCUGGUGAUUGAAUCGAAUUGAUGAACAAAAUUAACAUAUUUGUUGGCUGUGCCUGCGGCAAACAUUAAAAAAGUGUUUUAUUCUAUGACUAGGUACCACGAGCUUGCUUAGGAUUUGUUUCAGAAACAUUGCUAUUUGCGGACGUGAGUGCUAUACAAUGCCGCCUGCAAGCUAUAUUCAGGCUUUCUAUUUUUCGUUGAAACAUCGUAGUCGUUAAUUUUAGUGUUAUUUUUUAAUUUUUGACAUUGCAGUAUGAAUUAUCUUUGGCAACUCUGACCACAGCAAUGGUUUUCUAUGUAUUACUGACUAAGAGGGCCUACAAAACAUAAGGAAUCCCCGUAAAACAAACAAAAAGAAUAAAAUGAAAGUAUUUAAUUAUAAUUAAGAUAUUCCCUGUAAAACAUAAACGAAAAUGAUUGCCCAUUUGUGAGAUUUUAAUUCCAUAGUUUUUUAUUUAAGCAAAUAAACAAUGUUCUGUAACACCUUGUUUGAACCCCUUUUCGCGCCUAUAACGCAUCGUAACGUUUUAUAAGACUCCCAAACAUGUGCCAUAUUAUAGAAAUUACAAGGUUUUAUAUAAAUCUCGGAGUAUAUUAAAAAACGCUUUAUCAAUAAUUAUCUUUUUGAAAAAACAUACUGAGAACAUCUGUUCACUUCGUUUUGUUUCCAAAGUUAAAGUAAAAGUUAAAAUCAAAAGAAAUAAAUGAAACCUGGCUGAAUGGGUUAUAAUUGUUUCAGUAUUGUUGAUAAAUUGUAUUUGUAGUCAUAGUAAAUUUGUAUAAGUAUGUUCGAGGAGACAGUCAGAGACUAGUCCUACUAGUUUUUUUUUUUUUAAUUAUUGACAUUACAGUAUGAAUUGACUUUGGCAACACUGACUACAGCAAUGGUUUUCUAUGUAUUACUGACUAAAGGCCUACAAAAUGAAAGUAUUUACAUCCCAGGCCACCAAACAACGUUUACAAAACGUUAAAAAGACGUCAUAAUUAUCACCAAAGCACGUCAGUUUAUCACGUUUUUUCGACGUCGAAAAUCACGUGAAUUUGUCCCAUCAUAAUUGACGUCAUUUGUAUCACGUUUGAAAUACGUGAUAUCAAAAACGUAGUUUUUAUGUCGUUUUUUAGAUUAUUUUUCAUUUUGUGGUUAUGUUUUUAAAAAUACACAAUAAUCAUUCGUAUGAGCAUUGCAAUUUUUCAUUUAACUGUUGUAAAUGUAGGCCAUAGGUUGAAAGUAAAACCAAAUGGAAGACUCUCGAAAUUGUAUAGAAUUACAAUACCCUUAAUGCAACAUUAUAUAGAAUUUUCACUUUUUAUAUAUACUUACUGUGUCAAAACUGAAACAACAUAUAAACUAAUAAAUAAUUUAUUAACAAAUUAAUUUAAUUAAGCUCGAUAAUACAUAAUUGGUUCACCAGUUGUUCAGAAAAUAAACACCAAAACAAAUUAAAACAUAACCUCAGACAGUUUUGAAGAAGGAUUAUUGCAUUAAACUAACUCACUUGAGAAAAACGAAUAAACAUCUCUUAAUUAACACGUUUCUUCAACUAAAUAUCUAAAUGAAGAGUCUUAUUUUACCACACAAAGCACGUAAACAAUAAAUGAAAAAUUUCUUAUGAAAAUUUUUUGGAGUCAUAAGCAGUACGUCUUUAAGCUCCUCCCAAUUUUCUGACGUCAGACUUACGCUCGAUUUCAUAAAAAAAUUAAAGGGGACUUUAAACUUAAGUUGGUAGAGAUAGUGUAAACACUCCUGACAUGGAGCUGCGCGAAGGCGGAGUCAAAAUGUCAAUAUUCACAGAAAGACAGAAAGGUUCUAUUGUAGAUACAGUGCGUUUCGCAUGAAAGUGGGGACUAAACCAAAUUUCUUCUACUGCGCCGUGGUCAGGAGUGUUUGCACUAUCUUUACCUUUACAAUGCAAUUUCUAUGGGAAAAUGUCAACUUUACAGUGAACUUUAGUUAAUGUUCACUUUAGUUAAUGUUCACUUUAAGUUGAUUAUGAAACCGGGCGUAAGGUUGUCUGAAAUGAAAACGUGUUUUUAAACGGAUUUUAACGUCAUUAAUUUUACGUAAAUCCCGUGUAUAUAUUCAACCAAAUACUGACGUUUUCUCGACGUUAUUGACGUCACUUGGUUGCCUGGGAUUAUAAUCAAGAUAUUCCCCGUAAAACAUAAACGAAAAUGGUUGCCCAUUUGUGAGAUUUUAAUUCCAUAGUUUUUUAUUUAAGCAAAUAAACAAUGUUCUGUAACACGUUGUUUAAACCCCUUUUCGCGCCUAUAACGCACCUUAACGUUUUAUAAGACUCCCAAACAUGUGCCAUAUUAUAGAAAUUACAAAGGUUUUAUAUAAAUCUCGGGAGUACAUUAAAAAACGCUUUAUCAAUAAUUCUCUUUUUGAAAAAACAUACCGAGAACAUCAGUUCACUUCGUUUUGUUUCCAAAGUUAAAGUAAAAGUUAAAAUCAAAAGAAAUAAAUGAAACCUGGCUGAAUGGGUUAUAAUUGUUUCAGUAUUGUUUAUAAAUUUUAUUUGUAGUCAUAGUAAAUUUGUAUAAUAAGUAUGUUCGCGGUGACAGUCAGGGACUAGUCCACGACAAGUGAAGCAUGCACACUUUAAAAUAAUACCGUUGAUAGAUAAAUAUAAUAUACAAGGUAUAGUUACUAUUAAUUAAUAUUAAUAAUAAUUGAUUAUAUAUAUAACAGCACUACAGGCCUUAGAGGCCCUUGGCUUCGAUAGUCUUGACUAAUUUCUUCCACUUUUUGCGGUCCUGUACUUGUCCUCUCCAGUCUCUUGUACCCAUUUCUUCUAGGUCAGUCCGGACGGCAUCAAACCACUUCCUUCGUGGUCUCCCUCUUCUUUUCUUCCCUUGUUCUUCUGCUGAUAAAACUCUUAGGACGUUUCUUUCUUGUGACAUUCGUAAAACAUGACCCAACCAUCUAACUCUCUGUGCCUUGAUUUUCUGAGUUAUUUUAGAUUUCUUAUACAUCUCCAUUAGCACCUGGUUUGCUCUUCUGCGCCAUUCCCCGUUAGCCUCCUUUAUACCACCAAAAAUGUUUCUCAAUAUUUUUCUCUCCCAAACCUCUAGCUUUUUUCUACUUUAUGGUUCAUUGUCCAAGUUUCACAUGCAUACAACACCGUUGGUCUCACUAUUGUUUCAUAUGCUCGGAUCUUGGCUGCCCUGGACACGUUUUUUGCCUCCAACAGUGCGUUUAAUGAACCUACUGCUUUGCUACCUUUUAACAACCAUUUAUCUAUCUCUCUCUCUCUCUCUUCGUCUCCUUUAUUUGUAACGUUACUCCAAGGUACUCAAUUUCAGUUACCUUCUCAAAUUUAUAAUCUAUCAUAUGAAUUCCUUUUGUGUUCUUUUUCUUCGGAGUUAUUUUGUUUUGGUAUAAAUGGAACAUAAAUUUUACCGAUUACUAAGCAGUGGUCUGAUCCGCAAUCAGCCCCUCUGAAAGCUCUAACAUCCUGGAUGCUAAAUUUUGCAUUUUGUCUCGAGAUUAGAUAGUCAAUGAUUGACUUAAGUCCACGUGUAUGUUGGUACCAAGUAAAUUUAUGGAUGUCCCUAUGUUCAAAGAAUGUGUUGUAUAUUUUAAGUUCAUACUCCUCGCAUAGAUUGAUCAACCUUAUCCCAUUGUCGUUAAUUUUUUCUUCUCCAUAUUUUCCCACUACAUUACUGUGGUCUUGUUUGCCUACUCUGGCAUUUAAAUCUCCUGCUAUAAUCAAUUCGUGCGUAUUCGGAACCUGUUCUAUUUGAUCUUUUAAUAUUUCUUCAAAAUUGUCUUUUACUGCUAUCUGGGCAUCGUCAUUGGGAGCAUAUACCCCUAGGAUUGUAAUCGUUCUUCCUCUAAUUGAGAGGGUCAGUUUUAUUAUUCUUUCGUUUAUAGCAUCCCAUGAUUGUAUUUGGUUUUUCCAUCGUUUGUUAAUCAUUACUGAUAUCCCUGCUUUCGCUCUUUCACUUUUUAAUACUCCCGUGUAGCAGUGUAUAUAAUUCUUAAGAUCUUCACAGGCGUUUCCCUUCUUCUUUGUUUCCGAGAGGAUAAUCAGGUCCAAGUUUCUUUUUUCUACUUCCAUAAGAAUUUCUCUUUGUUUAUUUCUAAUUCCUUGUAUAUUCCAAAAACCAAUAUUCAAUGUCCAUUUUCGUUGCCGUGUUCGUCUUUGAUUAAAACUGUCCCGUUUCCGAGGCCAAUUUCUGGGUGUUUUAGCUUUUGUUUAUUUUUUUACGGGUGUAGGGUUGCUGGCCCUACGACCUAACCCUCCCCCUUUUUCCGGGCUUGGGACCGGCAAGAAUGACCGUCAAGCUACUCGAUCCACCCAACAAUCAUUCCAGGCGGAGUUAUUAUAAAUUCAUAAAUUACCUUGCACUACUCACAGUAUUUUCGUUUUUAUUUAAUUUUGUGAAAACUUUGAAAACUGUUUAUUAAAGUAGAUAGUCUAAUAUUUAUUAUGAAAUAACUCUUAUGCAGUAUCGAUGCAUAGAUGAAUAGAGUGUAACUAAAAACAUUCGUUUAUAUUGAAAAUUGUACACAAAACUUAUAUUAAUUUUGAUUGAAGUUCUAGAAGGGCAAGAUUUAAAAAAAUGGUUUAAAAUUGAUUACUUACCUUCCUCUGACAUAUUCUAACUACCCAUAAAGACCGCGUCUCACCAUCAAAUAAUUUGAUCAAACAGUUUGAGCAAACUCCGGAAGUACGUCAAAGUGACGUCACAAUUGCAGUUUUUUUGAAAUUCUAAAAAUCUGUGCUCUCACUAUCAGUCUAGUUUGAUCAAAUUUUUUGUAUUGAGUUGUCUAACUUGUUUGUACUUUAUUUAAAAUUAAAAUUUUUCAUUAUUAUUCACAAUGAACACUCAGGAUGUGACGUCACUAACUGUCACUUUCAGUUUGCUCAAACCAGUUUGAUCAAAUUAUUUGAUGGUGGGACGCGGCCUUCACUGUCCCAAAAAUCACUUGAAUUAAAAAAUAAAGAAAUCGCAAAUCGUAAAAAAGGGUAGUACAAUAUACAAUAUGUAAUGUUAUAAUGUAAUAUCUCACAGCUCGUGUUACGUAGUGACAGCUGUCAAAUUUGUAUGAUUAGGUUGUUUAAGGAGGGGAUAGUGGUAGAUAUCGUCAUUAUAUAACUACCUGCUUUAGGGACAAAAAUUGGCCCGAAAUGCUAGUUUAUGAAAUAUUCAUUUUGGUCAGCUUUUAUGUAAAUACCAUUCUGUGAAUCGUCUAGAGUCUAGAAUUAUCUCUAAGCAUAUAAUAAUAUAUAGGUAAAAUAUAAUAUAUUAUAAUGUAUAUAACUGUAUUUUUGUUAUAAUAAAUUUGAAUUUUGAUA